AUGGCUCAUGCAUUGAUCAAUUUCCACCUUCUUAUCGAACCCAAUACUUCAAAAUACGACAUAUUUCCUGCAAAAAUCCAAUCUUUAAGAAAACUCAAAAACCACCAAUCAAGAAUCAAAUUCCAUGGAUCAAGGCCGAGCACGACCUUGUUAACCAGCACGAGUUGUCAAAGUGCAGUUUCAGCAGCUGAGAAGGUGCUGUCUUUCGUAAAAUCGGGUAGUUUGGAAUCUGCACUCCAACUGUUCGAGAGAAUGACUGAACCAAACACGUACGUUUGGAAUGUAAUAAUCAGGGGAUUAGUAGAUUCCGGAAUGUUCCAAGAAGCUAUUGAAUUGUACAUCCGAAUGCAGUUCCAAGGCGUCAAAGCCGACAACUUUACGUUUCCUUUCAUAAUCAAAGCGUGUGCGGGGAUUAUCCGGUUGAAGGAAGGACUUAAAAUUCACUCCACGGUUAUUAAGCUCGGUUUACAUGUAGAUAUUUAUAUAUGCAAUGCAUUGAUAACGAUGUAUGCUAAAGCCGCGUGUAUUGAGGGAGCAGAGAAAAUAUUCGGGCGUAUGCUCGUAAAAGAUUUAGUUUCUUGGAAUUCGAUGAUCAGUGGGUAUGUCUCGUUUGGUGAUGGUUGGAGCUCUUUAAAUUAUCUUCGGCAAAUUCAGAAUUCGGGAUUAGAACCCGACAGGUUCAGUUUUAUCAGUGGUUUGAUUGCUUGUGCCCUCGAGCAAUCUUCCUCAAGCGGGAAGGAGAUAUUUUGCCGAGUGCUCAAAAAUGGGAUCGAACUCGAUUCUAUGAUUCAGAGCUCGUUGAUCGACAUGUUUGGAAAAUGCGGUCAAGUCGAUUAUGCCGAGAGGCUAUUUAACAUAAUUUCCCAGAAAAAAAAUAUAGUUGUUUGGAAUGCAAUGAUUGGUGCAUACGCUUUGAGUGAUAAUAAAUCUCUGGACUCAUUUGCCUGUCUUUUGAAAAUGAAAGAGGAGGGCGAUUUGAGCCCGGAUGCUAUCACGUUGAUUAAUUUGCUUCCCUCCGUUUCGAAUCUCGGUGCUUUGUCACAAGGCAAGGCUAUUCACGGGCAUGCGCUUAGGAAAGGGUAUAUACGUCAUUUAGCGUUAGAGACUGCGUUUAUUGACAUGUACGGUAAAUGCGGGAGCAUAAACCUCGCCGAACGUGCGUUUUCUCUCGUUCCGAUGAAAAGUUUGGUCUCGUGGAAUGCCAUGAUCGGGGCUUAUGUGAAGAAUUCGGAAAAUACGAAAGCUGUUGAAACAUUUCGAAUGUUGUUGCUAAACGAGCCUCAUCAUGUGCCGGACGAGACGAGUUUUUCGAGCGUCCUAGCAGCCUAUGCCGAAAUCGCCUUGCCCGGAGAAGGAAAACAGAUACAUUCCCGCGUCGUAAAAUCGGGAUUAUAUUUAGACACUUUUGUAUCUAAUGCACUGAUUCAUAUGUACGCGAAAUGUGGUGAUCUCGAUUCGGGACGAAAAGUCUUCGAUAAUAAUCUGACGUGUAAGGAUAUAAUCUCAUGGAACACGAUUAUUAUGGGUUACGCUAUUCACGGGCUCGAAAAACAUUGCUUCGGUUUGUUCUCUGAGAUGAUAGAAAUGGGAUUCGAACAGAAUAAAAGCACAUUCGUUUCGAUUUUAUCGGCCUGUAGCAUAACCGGCAAUGUGGACAAAGGAAGUGAUCUUGAAAAGAGGAGGAGUACUACUGGGUACGUGUUCACUUACGGCGGGACGGCCGUAUCCUGGAUCUCAAAGCUGCAGAAGAUAGUCACAUUGUCAACAACGGAAGCUGAGUACGUGGCAGUGACGGAGGCAGCCAAGGAGCUCGUUUGGCUGCAAAACUUCCUGAAUGAACUUGGGAGACCUCAAGAGGAUGUAGCUCUAUACAGCGAUAGCCAGAGUGCAAUCCAUCUGGCAAAGAACCCCGCGUUUCACUCGCGAACGAAGCACAUCGAGGUUAAGUAUCAUUUCAUCCGGCAACUUCUAGAGAAGAAGGUGUUGCAGCUGAAAAAGGUUCCGGGAGAGAGAAAUCCUGCAGACAUGUUGAUCAAGGCGGCAAAAAGAGAUGAGAUGCACGCUUAUCACAAGCAGUUGGCUUACUGUGUCAGCCAGUUUGUUGAAAAAGAGCCGGCACUCGGAGUUAGGGCAGCUAGGGGUAUUUUGAGAUAUUGGCCAAUGACCAACUGUAGGAAGGAAGUUUUGCUCAUCGGCGAGCUUGAGGAAUUGGUGGAGAGUAUGGGGGCUGAAGAGCAUUUAAUUCUAGCUUUGCCUUUGUGUUGGCAGAUAACCAAGUGUUCCAACAGUUGGAACUCGCAGGUUGCUGAGAGGGCUCUCUAUGUGUGGAACAACGAGCGAUUUGUGAAGAUGGUGUCUGAGGCUAUAGACGAUGUUUUUCCUCUCAUAGUUGAAGGAAUUGAGAGAAAUCUGAAGGGGCACUGGAGCAGAAGUGUUCGCCAACUCACGGAAAGUGUGAAGGAAAUGUUGGAGGAAUUGGAACCAAUACUCUACUCUCAAUGCCUGUCACAGAUCGAUUAUCAUCAUCGUCAUUCAUUUGCUUCACAUGAAGAGGAGACGAGACGAAAAGAGAGGUGGCUAAGACUGGAAAUGGCUGCACAAAUUUGA